AUGCCGUCUCGAGUCGUCGAGGACAUCUGGAAUGUCACCGCCGCGCAGCUGAGUCCCGACCCCGUGCGCGUUGCAGUGAUGGAGUGCACGGACCCCGACGAGAGCAAGCGCUCCGCGGCGCUGAAGGCGCGAAUGGAGCGGCGCGGCGACGGCGUCGACGACUCCCCAGCCGCGGACGACGAUAUCUCGGCUGCUAUCAACCAGUACCUCUCAACUUGCGACCGGAUCAAGCGGGGCAGCGCCGAGCCGUGGACGGAGCAAGAGGACCGGCAGCUGCUCCAUGCCUUCUGGCUCUCGCUGGUCGACCCUACCGCUCCGCUCAGAUCGGCGGUCAUCGGCUCGGGCCGAGGCGCGCAUGCCAUCGAGCAUCGGCUCAACCAGCUGCGCUCGCGCCUCCCUCCCCACGUCGCUGAGCGGGCGCUGCCAUCUCGGCAGAAGCAGCUCCAGACGUCGCGCUGGCUCGAGCUGGCGGAGCGAUGCUGCAAUCCGCAGACGCGGCCGAGCGGGCCGCAGCAGAACGAUGCCGCCGUGGCCAAGGCGGCGCGUGCUGCGAUCGCCGACGACGAGAACCUCGACGACGCCGGCAAGCAGGCGCUGCGGCGCGCCGCUGGCAGAGCCCCGCUCCAGCGGCUCCCGCUCUCUGGGCUCGCCGCGAACUACACGGUGCCGCCGAUGCGCAUAUCGAGGAGGGCUCGGUCGUCUCACUGCCUGCUCACUGCAGCAGCGGGACGGCAAGCGGAUCGACCACGGGCGCGUCCCGACCGCGGCGCAAUAUGGGCCCUCGGCGAGGCAGGUGCGGAUCCCGGAGAAGUGGCAUCGGUCCGCAUCAACGACACCCGCUUCUUCCUCCUCGACGCAAACUCGGCCCUGGCCAGGCUGAGGCACACAACGUACAACGUGCUCGACAUCCAGAGCGGCACCUCGAUCGCCGACCUCCUCUCCAAC